UCGAGGAACGAAAAGGAAAACGGAAUCGACGACGGCUCGCGGUGGAUCGCGAUUGGAAGCGCGAGUGGAGCAGGCCCCAACCGGCGGGGAGCAGUAAAUGGGAUGGAUAUAUACGCGAGUGUGCGUUCCCGAGUACGGUAUUCGGCAGUCGGCGCGCGACGUUCGAACGGAGCGGGUCGCGUUUUUCCGUCCCGUUCCGUUUCAAGUUGUCGCGGUCUCCUUCGAUCGCCAUCGUCACCGUUCGAUCCCGAUCGCCAACGACGGAGCGAGGGCCGCGACGCACGCCCUCCGCACUCUGCGCCCGGAUACGCGAGAAGAAAAUCAAUCGAUAAGAAAUCGUCGUAAAUGUUGGAUCGGUCCGUGUUUUAAGAUGACCGCCUCGGCAUUGCCCCAUUUAUCUUCCUAUCCAUCCUAUCCCAUCGAUUCCGUCUCGCUUCCGUCGUCCACGCCGUCGUGGCCCUCGCGGUCCUCGCGGUUCUGGUCCCGGUCCCGCUCCCGCUCCUGCUCCUCCUGCCAUUCGUCGCGAUCCUCCUUGCCUCGUUCCCCGUUACCAACGCGCAGAAAGAAGAAAUCGAACCGGUGGACGAUCCAUCGUUGCGAUCUGUAUCGUUUGAGAUUACGUCACGCGAUAAAAAACGCGAGGCCCCGAAUUCUCGAAACGUCAAAAUAAGAAUCACAAUUUUGGAGGGAGGGAGGGAGGGGGGUUAGGUUAGGGAAGGAAGAAAGUGAGAAAAACGAAUUGGUUCGUGUUGUUCGUUACGCGUGACGUAAUAUAUAUGUAUGUAUAUAUAUAUAUAUAUAUAUAUACGAAUGUGACGUAAAAAAAAGGAAAAAGAAAGAAGAAAAAAAAGCGAGAGGGGCAUGUCGAUUCCAAGCGUUGGAAGAUAUCGAUCGGGAAAUCAGAGAAACUCGGGAGACGAGACGAGAGGAGAGGAGAAAAGUGAGAUAUAAAUUGAAUCGAAGAGAUAGGGGUGAAAGGUGGAUCGCGAGGUUAAACUCGUGGAUUGAGGAGCCGGCUAUGAGAGGAAAGCUGGCGACUCGUGGUCGACUCGUGACCCGUGACAACGAGGGACAAGAAGAAGAGAAGAGGAAGAAGAAGGCGAAGGCGAAGGCAUCGGUGCGGUCGCUCGAGCGCGAUUCCGGCCGCGCUCGCGUCGCGCCGCUUCCUAUUCGCGGGACGACCAUCCCACGGAUUGGACGGACGGAAGCAGCGGUCUCGAUCGAGGGGACGGCGACUCCUCCGUUGAGCCGGGUGAUCGAGGAUCGGCCGAGGAUAGCCUCGAUCGAGACGGCGCCGGUCGACAAACGUCACCACCACCAUCGCUACCACCAUCGUCAUCGCCACUAUCGUCACCACCACUACCACCACCACCACCACCACCAGCAUCGCCAUCGUCAUCGAAUAUUCGAGAGAGAUUAUCGUUGGAGAAUCGUUGGGCGAGAGAAAUGGACGAACGAAGAGGAGAAGAAUGGAGGAGGAGGAGGAGAUCGGUGCCGGAGCGUGAUCAAGAUCGACGGAUCGUCGAUCUCUCGGUUAUUCGGGAUAGCGACGUUGGUGGCGGUGGCGGUGGCGCUUUUCGUGCCGAUCGCGUCGCCCGUGCCGCUCUCUGGAACCGGUCCUCGCCACGAGGACGACCUCCACCGCUUCACCGGUCUCGAGGACGUCUACGAGGAUGUUUUCCGAGAAGAGGAUCGAGCAACGACGUCGAGGAGCAUUGUCGACGUUCUCGACGAGACCGAGCUCGAUAUUAUCAGAAGGAGCAUAGCGCGUGGUCUUGGCCUCGAGAGGAUACCCGACCCUUCCAAGGCAAACGUCAGUCAAGCCGAAUACGAGAGAGCGCACAGAGAGUACCUGAUGAGAAUACAGUCCUCGUUUUCCAACGAAGCGACGACAUUCGGAAGCGAAAAGAAGCUGCACGUGUUUCCCGCUACAGCGUAUCCUGGAAAUGUAUCGACCGAGACGAGCGAAAGGGAAAAACCUUACCGUCACUGCUUGUUCUUCCCCGUGGAGAAGGAUUUGGAUCGCGCGACUGUCGAUCACGCAACGCUUCGACUGUUACUCCACGGGCCUACGACCGACCAAUAUUAUUCUCAACCUUCCGAAUUGGACGUGUUGCUCUAUCUCGGAGUAUCGUCGUUCCCUCGUCGGUCGAUAAGAUUGAUCGAUCGUACGAGAAUACGAUUGGAGGAUUGGCGAAACUCGAAAUGGCUGGAACUUGACGCUACUCUCGCCGUUUCCUCGUGGAUCGAUGCUCCCCUUUCCAAUCUUGGACUUGAAUUGGAAUUUUUAUUGGACGGAGAAACGGUGACGCGCACCUUUUCCUCCCCGGUUCUUAACGUGUUCACCGCGACUCCUUUCACGUCGACCACCGCUCUCAGACGCAAACGUUCAUCGCCCGAACAAGUGAUGUCCCUUCACAGAAGUCGUAGGACCAAGUGCAAAGGCGAGGGUAAAAAGUGUUGCAGACACGAACUCACCGUCAUGUUUAAAGAUUUGGAAGGUUUCGAGUUUAUCGUUUAUCCGAAAACUUUCGAUGCCGGAUAUUGUAAAGGACGAUGCCCGCCUAGAUACAAUCCGGCUCAUCAUCAUGCUCUUUUACAAAGUCUAUUGUGGAAAGAAGAUAGAAAAAAAGUGCCUAAACCGUGUUGCGCGCCAAGUAAACUCGAUCAAUUGAUGAUCGUUUAUUUGGACGAGAAUAAUUCCACUCGGUUGAAAGUUUCCGAUUGGAAAAACAUUCAAGUACUCGAAUGCGCUUGUUCCUAAAUAUUUCCCUUCUUCCUUUCGUUCUUAUUUUUCGGAGGAAGGGAUCAAACAAAUCGACCGAUGGUAAUUUUUAGCCGUGAAUCAACAACGAAUUUACCAACAACAAACCGAUGGAUAGGAACGAUCGAUCGAACUUAAAAAACCUGCACGAAAGGACCAGAGUUUUCAUAGUCGUAGACGACUCACCAAAGAAUCGUCCGAACGUUGUUCGUUCUUUCCGACAAAUCCAACGUAUUUUUUAUUAACGCAUUGCACCAAUCUUUCUUUUCCCGUUCAGUCCCUUACUGUGCUUCAUAAAUGCGUAUGUAUAUGUGUAUGUAUCUAUUCCGUCGCGAUGUUUACGAACGUAAUCGAUCGAUGAAACAGUUUUUUUAUGAAAAACGAGAACGCGAAAAAAAAUUGGAUCGUAUUACUGUUCAACGGUCGAUUCGAUUCGGCCGAGAUAUCGUCGAAAGCCCCGGUCGUUUGGUCCAGGCUUUUGCAUUGACUGUGAUAUUGAAAAAUGUCUAACCCUUAAUGAUCGAGAAGCUGCGCUUAAAUCACACAUGUUAUAAAAAAAUGUGUUGACUGUUAAGGGCUAAUAUCUCUGCUUAUAGUAAUAGUAUUUCAUAUCUUUACCUUCCUAUCUUCUCUUCUCUAUCUUAUUUUUUUCAGCUAUUUUGUGUAUAUGUGCUGCCCUUCUUUUUUUCUUUUUUUUUUUUUUUUUUUAAUAAAUACUAUAUGCGUAUACAAUGACCAUUACAAUGACAACAGGGAAUUCCUAAUGGGAAAAAGUGCAACGGCGUUUUUGAUCGUGUGGUUAGUAUCGUUUAAACGAAAUAGUUUUAUUCUAUGUAUUAUUUAUUUGAUCAAAUAUUCAACGAUUAUUAAUUCGUACAUGGUUAUCAAAAUAUUAUCGAACGAACUUUCGAGAGAUCGUAUAUAUACAUAUAUAUAUAUAUAUAAUUUUUAAAAAGAUCGAAGGUUCGAUCGAAAUUUCGUAAACAUGACUGACGAUCUUUGCACGUCGAGAAACUUAUUUACGGACUUACAAACGUAAUAGAUAUUCGUCGACUAUUUACUAAUAGAUUCUAAUAAAUCUUGCUUCAAUUUCGAUGUAAAUGUAUACACGUCAAAUACAAUUCUACUGGUCUUGUUAGUAUUAAAUAAUAUAAAUUAGUAUAAAAGUUAGUCCUAUUAUUAUAUUAUAUCGUGAAUAUGCGAAUAUACAUUGUUCGCCGAGUCAAUUUCGAUCGCGCACCAUAAUGGACAUUGUGACCUCGCGUUAUAUAUUCUUUAAUUGACUACUAUCGAUGAUGUAAAAUAAAAUUUUAUUUCUUAUUUAUAUAAUAAUUUAUGACUAUUAUUCGAUUCGAUGAAAUAAUACUCUUUAUUCGAUUUCCAA